AUGCCCCUCGCACCUCCUCUGAACUUCCCCAAGUGGCUCUCGGAGAAUGGUCAUCUCCUGAAGCCACCCGUGAACAAUUAUUGCCUGUACUCUGGGAAGGAUUAUGUUGUUAUGGCUGUGGGUGGGCCUAAUGAACGGAAUGACUAUCAUGUGAACGAGACCGAGGAGUGGUUCUAUCAGCACAAGGGCGGAAUGCUACUUCGGGUUGUUGAUGGCAGCGAGUUUAGAGACAUCAGGAUUGAGGAGGGAGAAAUGUUCCUGCUGCCUGCAAACACCCCGCACAAUCCCGUACGCUUCGCGAACACGAUCGGCCUAGUUGUCGAACGUGUCCGUCCAGACAAUGCCACCGACCGCCUUCGUUGGUAUUGCAAAGCGUCAGUGCACACUUCGCCGACCAUCAUUCGCGAAGAGUCGUUCCACGUGACUGAUCUCGGUACUCAACUGAAGCCUCUCAUCCAGAACUGGAUGAACAAUGAGGCAAUAAGAAAGUGUCCUGAGUGCGGGGCUGUCGCAGAGGGGAAGUGA